AUGAGUUGUAGAUCUACUGCCCUCGUUGAUUUAGACGAGAAGAGACUGGUCGUUAGAAUUGCCUUUCCCCUCAAUCAGUAUCUUUCACAAAAAGAAAUAGAAGAUAUUGAUGUCUUACCAAGAUCUGCAGCUUUACAUUUGAUGGAGAAUCUCAAUAUCUCACCAUAUAUCAAUGGAUCAUUAUGUAUGAGAAAGGAUAAAACUUUUCAGAAAAGAAAUGAUGGAUGGAUCAAAGAAUGCAAGAACACAGUGUCCGUACCUAAUUUGAAGGAAACAGAAAGUAGCUGUAUUUUGGGAGCAUCAUGUUCAGACAUUAAAUGUUGUGUGGAUGUUGGUAUCAUCGGCAAAUCAUUUAUGUACUUUAUAAAGAUUGACCCUUGUAAAUCAACGCUGACCAUUGGAAUAGAGAACAUGUUGUUGAAACAAUCUUUGAUAGAAUUUGAAUUUGGAGAGAGAAAAGAAUUCUACAUCAAAGGAACAUUUGGAAUGGAGUAUGUAGUUGAUGAGUUACAGAGAAGUAAUGAGUAUUUGGUUUCUGUUAAUAUCAGUGUAUGUUUGGAACCUAACAAAUCUAAAUGCUAUAUACAGACACAAAUAGUCAAAGAUCUGCUCAUCACUAAGCCCCAGUGUAACUGGAAUAUGGACUUCAAAACACCAGGUUUUUCAUUAAAGUCUUGGAUGCAAACAAACCAAUUCAGCAUUCAUAAUAAACUUCCUGUGUAUGGUAACUAUCUGUUGAUGGACAAACUUGGUGUUUCUAAAUACCUAUUAAAAAACUUUUGUCAACAAAACAGGACAUUGGAACAAAGUACAGUGAAUGGAUGGAUAGAAGAUUGUCCAUUGACUAUUGAGAAGCCACAGUUAGAGAAUGGAGUAACAUGUACACUAAUGCGGUCAUGUACUGGUGUAGAAUGUUGUAUUGAUGUUGAACUGAUUAAUAGAUCUAUUUUGUUUAAGCUCGAUCUGGAUCCAUGCAACCAUAAUUUGUUACUCCGCAUUGAAAAUCUUUUGAACAAGAUUUCACUAUUAAAUUUUGAUUGGGGUCGUGUCAUUCGAUUUUCUCUUGAAAAUGUAUUCCGAAUCGACUACUCCAUCUAUGACCUAUCAAGUAGGCGAUUGUUCCAGAUAGACAUGAACAUAAGUGCUUGUUUUGAAUCUACUGGAUUCUGCAUGUUUUCACAAAGGGUAUUAACAAAGACUCUUCUUGUAAAGAAACCAUGUGAAUGGGUCACAGGUUUUGUAAAUGCCAAUUUUUCAGUGGGAAAGUGGAAAGCAGAUAAUAAUAUACAAGAUGGACAGUAUUUACAUCCAACAGAAAUUUUGAGACUGACAGAAGCCUUAGGAAUCAAACCAUACUUACAAAAAGACAAAUGUGACAAAUACAGGGAACCGUAUAGCCAAAACAUACAAGGUUUUAGUUCAGGUUGUAAUAAAGUUUUGCCUAUUAUAACCAUACCUCAGGAUGUUGUCUGUCAUGUUGGAGAACAAUGUACUGAACUUUCCUGUUGUACAGAAACGGAAAUCAUUGCAAGAUCCCUUGAGGUUAAACUAAUCCUCGAUCCAUGUGAUUUUAAAUUGACAAUAGCCAUUGAAAGAUUACUUUUUGAAGUUAAUCUAUUCCAUUUUGAAUGGGGUCAUCAGAAACAGUUUGAUUUGUAUGGAGUCAUGGAAGUUUCGUUUUCUUUAGAAAAUUUAUAUGAAGAAAAGAAGUACUUAUUGAAUCUGAAUCAGACUGUUAAUAUUCAAGCUGACGAACCUACAUCUUAUGUUCUGUUUAAAAACUACCUUUUACCAAAGAGAACAUGCGAAUGGAAUUCAGAAUUUUUCAUUGAAGAUUUCUCACUAUAUCAAUGGAUGAUAAACAGACACUUAUCACCUGAUGCUACUUUACCCCCUUACAUGUUAUAUCGACUGUAUGAGGAAACAAAUCUAGCAGCAUAUCUGGAGGACCCGAUGUGUCAAAAAGUAUCUCCUCCAUACAACGGAGAUUGGUCUAAAGAAUGUGCAUUUUACAUGAGUUUACCAAGAUUGUCUCCAUCAGUGGCUUGUCAAAUACUUGAAACGUGCUUAGGAAUUACAUGUUGUGUGGAAAAUAAAUUUCUACAGAGAACAUUCCAAAUCUAUUUUGAACUUGAUCCUUGCAGUAGUAAACUAAGCAUUGGAAUAGAAAAAGUAUUUUACAAUACAACGUUGACAGAUUUCAAAUGGGGUUUGGACAAUUAUUUUAGCCUGCAAGGAAUUGUUAGAGUCAUGUAUAAUAUUGACGAUUUACACACUGAGAACAUGUAUCUCAUAACUAUGAAGAUCAUGUUUUGUUUUGAGAGCACAUCAUCGGAGUGUUCAGAGAAUGACCAGUUCAAAGUCCUUGAGAAUACAAUGUUACCAAAAGGUUUCUGUGAUUGGUCAGAUCAUAUGUCACCUUCAGGCUUUUCUCUGAAGCAAUGGUAUAUAGAAAAAGGACUAGCACCAAGUGACACUUUAUCAGACUGGAUGAAAUCACAUUUGUUGAAUGAAAUGAAAGUUUCGUCAUACCUUAAUAUCCAAGAAUGUAGGAGGUCUGAUAUAAAUUCUCCUCAAAGUAUCAAUGGUUGGAAGAAAGAUUGUACAAAUACAGUUUCAUUGCCAACAUUGGAUGACCAAUUGUCCUGCCUUCUGUCUUCUGAAUGUACUUAUGUAGAAUGCUGUGUCGAUGUUCAUUUCAUACCAAGGUCAUUUAUGUUCUACCUUCAUAUUGAUCCAUGUGAAUAUCAAAUAACAGUUGGAAUAGAAAGAUUCUACCGGAAUAUAUCAUUGAUAAACUACAAUUGGGGAGUCACACAGGAUCUCUGGUUGGUAGGAGUUUUUCACGUAUCUUUCAACAUCAAAAGUUUUCCAGGAGAAAGAUUGUAUGUUGUGUCACUAAAUAUAAGCAUAUGCUUUGAAGACAUAAAGCCUUGUUAUUUGUCUGUACAGAUUUUGUAUAAAACUAGACUGCCUAGACGUCUUUGUACCUGGGAAACUAACUAUUAUAUAGAAAAGUUCUCAUUAGAAAAAUGGAAAGAAUCCAAGUAUAUCAACAAAGAUCAACAUUUACCAGCAUAUGGAUUGUCACUUUUGUUUGAAGAAAUUGGUAUAUCACCUUUCUUGAAGAUAGAACAGUGCAGUGCAGACAUAACUAAGUACAGAACAAAUCGUCCAAUCAAAGAUGACUGUCCUUUGAAAAGACCAUCUGAGAUCCACACAAUUGUUCCAUGUUAUAUUCCAUCUCUGUGUACUGGUAUCGAGUGUUGUGUCCAUGCUGAUGCUCUAAGAAGAGAUUUUGAAAUAACUGUUAUGCUGGAUCCCUGUCAGUUUGUUUUAACUAUAGGAAUUGAAACCUUUAUGAGGAACCUCUCUGUUGCAACAUUAGAACUAGGAAAGCUACAGACGUUUUCAUUAGGAGGAAUAAUGAAUAUAUUAAUGAUAAUCGACAAGAUUGAGAAGGAGCAUGUUUAUCUUGUAUCACUGAAUGUUACUGUAUGUACAGAAAGCAACAAACCAUGUGAACAGAACUUAAUAGUGUUAAGAAAUGCAUUAUUUCCAAUAUUACAAUGUGCAUCUGAUUUACAGUUUAUUACUGAAAAUUUUUCAUUUAUUGACUGGAAAGAAGAAAAUAAAAUAUCAGGAGAACAAUUGUCAGAAAAUGAAGCUUCCAAACUGAUUUCUGAAAUAGGACUAUCUUAUUACCUAAAAACUAAAUCCUGUAAUAGUUCCAACUAUCCGUAUAUGCCAUCAAGUUCAGGCUGGAAUAAUAGUUUCUACUAA